AUGGCCACUGCUCGACUCCGCCGCAGAGUCGCUCGGAUGACUCUAUCGCCAGAUGUCGCGAAACCAUCUGUGAAGAAAACUCGGGGUGACAAGGACCGGUUUGGGCCUUUUGCGGGGAUGAAUCAGACGGAAGCACGAAUUCGCGACACACCGAGAGCAAGGUCUCGAGCAGCUCAGAAGCGCUCUGGAGAGCCCGAGGAGGAUUCCCAGAAGGAAAGUCCGUUGUAUAAGGCGUUGAAGAUGCAGACAGCAUUGGCGCCUAUCCCGUACGGUCGUCGCGCGGCCAUCAAGGCCAAGAUUGCCGAUAUAACGAGCUUUGAUCAGUUUCCGCUCCUGCCUGUCGUACGCAAUUCGAUUUCUUCCCAGGCUUUGCCCGGUUUGAUCGACGUGACACCGACACCAAUCCAACGUCUUGCCAUCCCGAGACUUUUAGAGGAGACAAAGACGGAGAAGAAACCGACGAAAGCGGACGAUGACGAGCCUCAGUACGACCAAUACCUUCUAGCAGCAGAGACGGGGUCGGGCAAGACACUGGCGUAUCUGCUUCCGGUUGUGGACGCAGUCAAGCGUGAAGAAGCCCGGGACAAGGAACUAGAGAAGAAGGAGCAGGAAGAGCAAGCUAGAGAGAGAGAAGAGAAGCUGAAAAAUAGAGCUUUCGAUAUCGACCCAGAGCUUCCGCCACUUUCAAAUGCGGGCCGGCCAAGGGCGAUUAUUCUAGUGCCCACAUCGGAGUUGGUGGCUCAGGUAGGCGUAAAGGUGAAAGCACUGUCUCACACGGUCAAAUACCGAUCCGGAAUGAUAUCCUCCAAUCUCACUCCACGCCGCAUCAAGAACACACUAUUCCACCCUGACGGGAUCGACAUUCUCGUUGCCACCCCUCACCUACUCGCGUCCAUUGCCAAAACAGAACCCUACGUGCUCAGCCGGGUCAGCCACCUGGUUUUGGACGAGGCAGACUCGCUCUUGGAUCGGUCCUUUGCCCCAACAACCACAGAAAUCAUUAGCAAGGUCUCCCCUUCACUUCGCAAGCUGAUUCUGUGCUCCGCCACUAUCCCUCGGAGUCUUGAUAACCUGCUACGAAAGCGUUAUCCGGAUAUUAAGCGUCUGACGACACCUAAUCUCCACGCAAUUCCUCGUCGCGUGCAGCUGGGUGUGGUGGAUAUCGAAAAGGAUCCAUACCGCGGAAACCGCAGUCUGGCAUGUGCCGACGUCAUCUGGUCAAUAGGCAAGGCAGGCGACUCCGAAUCGGACGGCCCUUACGCCCCGUACGUUGCGCCGAAGACCAAGAAAAUCCUUGUCUUUGUGAACGAGCGCGAAGAGGCAGACGAGGUGGCUCAAUUCCUUCGCUCCAAGGGCAUCGACGCGCAGUCCCUCUCGCGGGACUCUAGUGCUCGAAAGCAAGAGGAAAUUCUCGCCGAAUUCACCGAAGCACCACCCCCUCCAACCCCCGAUGAAAUCCUUCUGGCUCAGAAGCAGCGUCGUCAGGAAGACGCGAUCCCAUUCGAGAUGCCCGAGAAGAAGAACCAGGAUUCGUCCCGUCGCCUCGCCAACACCAAGGUGCUUGUCACGACCGACUUGACCUCCCGCGGUAUUGACACCCUUGCAGUCAAGACCGUCAUUCUCUACCACGUCCCACACACGACCGUUGACUUUAUCCAUCGGCUCGGCCGUCUCGGCCGUAUGGGCAAGCGCGGCCGCGGUGUUGUGUUGGUCGGCAAGAAGGACAGAAAGGACGUAGUCAAAGAAGUCCGCGAGGGUAUGUUCCGUGGUCAAGCACUGAUCUGA